AUGGAACAGAAUGUCUCGGAGAGAAUCAUCAGCAUCCCGACAGCAGACCGCGAUAUAUUGAAUGCCUUAGACUGGAAAGACGGCAUUGGUACCUUGCCUGGUAGCAACAUACAAUUCCGUUUAAAUGAGUUUGGACUGCUAGAAAUCAUUACUGAAGUAGAAGCAGAAGCCAUAAAAACUCUUUCAGCCUCAGCAGUAAAUGCCAGCCCAACCAGCUUUGCUCCUGCUGCUAUCAACGCUUCCGCUGCCUCUAGCACUGAUUUGGAAGUGCCCAGAGAACACGUGCCCUGCUCCGAUUUCCAAACCUGUGAGCAAAUGGAUUGCUUUGAGAAUGGAAAGUUUUGUACUCAAACGGGCUCCCAGCAGCACAGGGACAGUGGUACGAGAGACAUUCCAGAUGAUUGCAGAAACAGGGGAAAUAGUAGAAAUCUUAAUACCAGCAGUGGCUGUCAGGUGAAUGAGGCUGACAGACCUGUCAAACGUCUGAGAAGGAAGAGAAGACUGCUUCUGGAGUCUGAGGAUGACGAGGAAAAUGCAGAUGAGGAUGAGGAGAAGAAUAAAUCAAAUAAUAUGAAAAGCCGCAGAAACACUAAACCAAUAAAACAAGUUCUUCCUGGAAAGAAGAAAGUAUGGAACUGGGUUUCCUACUUAGAAGAGGAACGGAUGCCAGCUGCUCCCCUAAAACUGUUCAGAGAGUAUCAGUCAUUCCCACAAGGCCGAAAUGGAUUUAAAGUUGGAAUGAAAUUGGAAGGGCUGGAUCCUGAACACCCCUCUCGAUUUUGUGUUCUCACAGUGGCUGAGGUGCAAGGGUACAGAAUGCGAUUACACUUUGAUGGUUAUCCAGAGUGCUAUGACUUCUGGGUUAAUGCUGAUUCCUCAGACAUUCAUCCUGUUGGCUGGUGUGAAAAAACAAGUCAUAAGCUGCUCCCUCCUAAAGGUUUCAAGGAGGGAGAAUUUAAUUGGACUUCCUAUUUGAAGAAUUGCAAAGCUCAAGCAGCUCCAAAAAGCCUUUUUAAGACCCUCAGCACUCCUGUCACACCCUCUGGUUUUCGUCUGGGAAUGAAACUAGAGGCAGUGGACAAGAAGAAUCCGUCGCUGAUGUGUGUCGCAACCAUCAUGGACAUGGUGGAUAACCGCCUGCUAAUUCAUUUCGAUAACUGGGAUGAGAGUUAUGACUACUGGUGUGAAGCUAGCAGCCCAUAUAUUCGUCCUGUUGGCUACUGCCAAGAAACUGGAACCCCACUGACAACACCACCUGGAUACAAGGAUUCCAAAGCCUUCUCAUGGGAGAAAUACUUGGAAGAAACUAGUUCCCAGGCAGCCCCAGCAAGAGCAUUCAAACUGCGUCCUGCUCACGGAUUCCAAGUUAAUAUGAAGUUAGAGGCUGUGGACAGAAGAAAUCCCAUCUUGAUAAGAGUGGCAACAAUAGUUGACAAAGACGACCAUCGCAUUAAGAUACAUUUUGAUGGUUGGGACCAAAAUUAUGAUUUCUGGGUCGAUGCAGACAGCCCUGAUGUUCAUCCAGUAGGCUGGUGUGCAAAAACUGGACAUGCUUUGCAAGUCCCUCUAGGUGCUGUUGAUCGAGUGGGAACAGUGGGACAAGCGUGUCCUACUCCAGGCUGCCACGGUAUCGGUCAUGUCAGGGGACCACGCUAUGGAACACAUUAUACGUUGGUUGGCUGCCCAUAUUCUGAUGUGAACCUCAACAGAGAAAACUUGUUACAGGACCGCCUGAGUGGGGAGAGACCUUCCCCUAGCAAUAGCAUGCAGAAAGCCAAGAGGCUGGAGACUCCUGCCCCAUUUCUGUUGGGAGCAGGAGAGUCUUCUCAGGAGGACUCUCCACAAUCCAGAAAAUCUGCACAAGACAGUGAAAAGUCAUGUCAAAGCAGUGUUCACAGUCUGUCGGAACAGUCUGAAAACAAUCAAGAGAGAGACUGGAUAGAAGAGGAUUCCUCUGCAGACAUCAAAGCCAAACCGAAAAAGCUUGGGUGCUCGCAUGCCUAUAUAAAGUUCCAGCUGGUGAAACAGGAAAGCAACGGGAAAGACCCUGAUUUGGAUCUCCAGCAGGCCCUCCACCAGUCCAUCUUCAUGCCUUCCCUGGCUUCUAACCCGACCCACCGCCUCCAUCUCUGCUGGGAGCAGCACUGCAAGCUCUUGCCAGAGGUCUCGGGCCUCACGGCCAAACACGUGGCCAAAUGGACUGUGGAAGAGGUGGUAAGCUUUAUCCAGCGUUUACCGGGUUGCAAAGAGCAAGCAUCUGUUUUCAGGGAAGAGCAGAUAGAUGGUGAGGCCUUCCUGCUCCUGAACCAGAGCGACAUAGUUAAAAUACUCAGUAUUAAGCUGGGUCCUGCCCUGAAGAUCUACAACGCCAUUCUCAUGUUCAAGUCUGCAGAAGACAACUGAGAAGAGCCCUUCGGCAGAGCCCGCGAGGAAUUGACAGAGAACAGAUCUUCAGCUGAGAGCGUUACAGCGUGUCAAACAGGCAGAUUGGGACUCAGAUGUAUUUUAAGUAGAACUUAUUAAAAAUAUUUUGAGGACAUAAAAAUCCUGCCACAGUCUGGAAUAUGGGGCAGCUUCACUUCCAAGAAGAGGAUGUUAUUAUAUUUUGUAAUUGAAUUUGGUUUUGAUAUAUCAAUCUCUUUUUGAGAUCUAGAAGAAACCUCCAGUUAUAAGGGGAAUCCAGGGUAACAUUGGUGGAGCUGCAAUAGCAAGAAGAAAGCUAAGAGUAAAAUGACUGUUGUGUCCAAUGAUAGUGCCUGAAAGAGAGACUGAGUUAUCACCAGCAUGUUUAAUAUAUUCUGUAUGUAUAAAAACUCUGAGAAAAGAGAGUAAGAAAAUAGGAAAAAGAUGCACUUCAGAGCAACUCACCUGUAUCCUUCAGUGCUGUGACUCAAGAGCUGACCUUUUCAGGACUGAUUUUUAAAUUCCGGUUUCUCCUACGGAUCCUAGUUGUUCUAAUACUCUUGGCUACUGGGCUGCUUACACCACAGCAGAAAGGUAGCAUGGGCAAAGGUUUUCCAUCAGUGAUGGCUUGCAUUGUUUCUGGUAACACGCAAAAUGUUCUCAUUCCUGUCACCAGAGAGCGGGAAGCAAGCCCUGUGUAGAUAGGCUUUGGGUAGGCAAAGAUCUCUCAUACAGAUAUCUCCCACAGGAGACAAAGAUAAAUAUUUUAGCUGUAAUUCUCCCAUCAGUGCUUUUGUGCAACUGCUGUCUGGACCAGGAACAUCUUACAGCAAAAUGGCACAAUCGGGAGCACUUGGGAAUUUGAUGGGUUCAUUCUUGUCCUCUCCACUGUCAGCCAAAUGCUAGGAAUAUGAAUUGGAAACCCAGCAGUGGCCAGCAUAUGCGUACAGAUGCAAACAGGUUUCCUAGAAACAAUUUGCUUUUAUUUUUUAACAGUCAAAACUCAUGAAUGCUUAGCGCUUUAGCCUUUUCAGCCUCCGGGUGGACUUUGGUCUGUUCUACCGAAGAGUCAGUGUGCUGUAGCAGCAGGGCACCGGCUCCUCUGCCUCUCUAGUGGCAAGGCAGGCAGAGCACACAGGGAAGUUUGACUGGAGGGCAACCGGGGUUUAAACAGACUGCAAAACGAGGUAAGAAUUACUUCUCAAAAGAGAGAGCUCAUCUACGUCAGGGAGGAAGCAAAGCUUGUGGUUGUGUUCCUGUGCAUGCAGUCUGUGCUCUCCUGGCGGGAGGGGAGCACGAGUAUUUCCUGCUCUGCUCGAAGUCAGAGCAUAGUUUUGUGAACAUGCACAUGGGACUGCGAUGUCCUGGAUGGGGGAUUUCCACACCGUUACUCCCAGAGCCGUCCUCUUACAAUGGAAGCCCUGGGAGAAGCGGCAAGCCGUGCUGGGGUUCUGCUCAGUGUUACCAUUCGUGCCUGGCAGCGUGCUAGCUCGUGACUCUUCCUCUGGCCGCUCUCCCGGAUAGAUAUUUGGCUGUUCUGGAGUUCAGCUAGAACCAUCUUAGCUAGGGAAGCCUUUUCACCUCUCCAUUCAGAGCUGCCAGGCUGACUCCUGUGUGUGUGAACCCUUCUGAGCCCUGUAAGUGUGUUUACACGGUGUUGCCGAAGGUAGGCGUGCCAUCAGCCUCCGCCCAGGGUUGCAUGAGUUUCUCAGGGCACUGCAUGAUGAGAUGUGAUCCAUCCAUAGGCACCUCAGACUCCCUCCCGUACUUGGCAUCUUUGUCACCAGUGUUGUUGCCGUACUCCCAGCCCUGCAGCUUCGCCGAGAGCCGUUGGGAACAGAAUGAACACGCUGUCCGUGACUGUGUGGUGACGCAAGGAAUGCGCUUGGUCUUCCUUCCCUAAUCACUCCAUGUCCUUUGUCCAACCUUCUGGCUGCUGAGAAGGUCCUUGUGACUUGCCUAAAGUAGCAAGUUCCUUAAAAUUGUAAAUAGCAGAAUCCACGCCACUGAAGCCAUUCAGUCCUGGAUUAAUAUAUAGAGCAAUUUGUCUCCAUACUUUCUAUUUUUGUAUAAGAUGUUAAGGAGUUUAAGCCUUCCACAGAGAAGACAUAUAGUUGGUGGGAUAUUUAAUAGCUGAAACAUUAAAUAUCAGCCAGGCAACUGCAGGAGAGUAGUUUAAUGCAGUGUUAAGGACUAGACAAGAUAUGAAUUUAAUUUAUUAAGAUACAUUUUUAGUGUGAUAACCAGGAUAUUCACCAAAGAGUCACAUUCCUUUAUCCCACUCUGCGUGUCCAGCAUCAGUGUAAAGAUUUGAAUUGUAAGUGGCAUGUCCUGGACUCUGACACAACUUGCCUUCUAGGCAAAGCAAAAUUGUUUCCCGACAACUGGAGCAGAGGAUCUGUAGCUGGACUGUGUUGUUCCUGGCUCUCCACCGACUUGCUAAAUAACCCUGCGCCCUUCUUUGCUCCAGUUUCCCCUUCUGUAGCACCCAGCCAGGUGGGGUGAGUGCAAUUUCGCCUUGCUUUUGUUUCUAGCAAGCAGGUCCUGCCAGAUUUUCUGUUUUACCUCCUUCCUUUGGGAAACUGAGUUGGGGGACAGCAGAUUGCCUCCAGCAAUAAACCAAAAUAUUAUAUUAUUUCAUCUCUUUUACUAUAUAUAGAUAGAGGAUGAAGAGAAUCAGUGAAACAAGCAAUGAGAUUCUAGUUACUUAAAUCAUUCAAACAGAGAGAAAUCUUUAAUCCUAGAGGCUUCCAAGCCAGCUGGAUCAAAGAUGAAAAUGUGUACUUGGAGUUUAUUCAGUGACAGCAAGAGUAGUGCCUUCAGCAAGGAGGAAGGAGGAACCCUUUUAGGGAUAGAAGGAGGAGGAAUGUGCUUCUUGUGCCUUUUUUUGUAAUCCGAUAAUUGUCUUUGCAGAGCAAGCAAGAAUGUGCACACAUCUAUUACUGACUCCUUUUCCAAAUAUAGCUAUAUUCUAAUAAAAUCAAGCAACUUCACAAUAACGCCAGGGCAAAAAGAUUUCCAGUGUCUUCACUGAACAUAUAUAAAAUGUCCUAAUAUUUACAAGGCAGAAAAACAACUAAACCAGCUCAUCUUUUAGCCCCCUAACUUAGGAAUUCGUUGGUUGCUGAUGCCAUUCCGCUUGCGUUGGGGAGCGCCGCUUUCACAUGUGGGUCGGUGACUUGUUUCUGCUGCCAGACGCUGCCUGUACAAGCUCUGCUCUGCCUUUUCCCAGUCCUGAUGGAGGCCUGCGUCAAGGCGAGGGGUCCGCAGAUGCCUUUGAUUGUCUAAUGCCUUGUUGUCUAAUUUGAAACAUGCACUUUGAAGCAGAAAGCCAAAAGUUGUAGCUCUGUGGUGAACAAAGCUGAAACUGGUUAGUGCCACCUGGUUUUAGGAGGCUUUCCUUGUCUGCUAAAUGUCAGCAGAAACCAGCUGUUGGCCCAACUGAACCCAGAAGUCACUUAGAAAUAUAACUAUAUUACUUAGAAGCAACCCAGAACUGUGGUAACUUCCCGUGGGCCGGCAGUGCAAUUGGGAAGUCUCAGUUCUCAAUUGAAAUGGAUCUUAUUCCUGGAUAUGUUUUUGUUCCUGUAUCCCUGUUUUUGAAAUCCAAAACGAUCAAAGUUUUCUCUUUUUUUUCUCCUUGGUAGAGAGUCCCAUUAAAAUUUUUCUGUGCUAUCACCAACGAUCAUCCUUGUAAUCCAGUAGCAGCAAAUUUCUGCUCUGGGUAAUGAAUUGCAUUAAAGUUGGACAGAAGCGUUUGGCAACACUGAUAGCAAAACUCUACAACCAAAGGAAAAAAAAAACCAAACCUUCAGCCCAGGGGAUAAGCUAGUUCAGCUGUAGAAGAUUUCCUGCCUGCUACUUUGAUGCCCUGCUUAGGGAUUUAUACCACAGAAAGCUUUAAAGUUUUUGACAUCCUCUCCAUCAUGUGAUGAGCUAGCUUAUUUUUGAAAUUCCUAUUACUUGAACUGGAAACACGUGCAGGGGAAGGGAGCGUGCGCCCGUUGUCUCGGUUCAGCCUCUGAAACGUUUGCCUGUUUUAAACCAGACAAAUACUUGAGCUUUUUGACACUAGCCAUGACGUUGCACUCCACCGAUGCUUUCUUCUGGAAAUGUGAAUAAAAUUAAUAUAAGUUCAAACCUGACUCGA